UUCGUUCUAGCAGUAAUCAGCGUCCCUACCCUAACUGCAAUCUUUGGUUUGCUGUGGUUGUGGGACAAGAAGAAGAAGAAAAGACUUCCAAGAAAGGAUUCGACAGAUGAGGGCUUGUCCCAGCACGAUGACCUCCAGGCCAGUAAUGAGGGUGAUUUGAACCAGGAAACUCUCGUGCACGACAAACAUAACAAUGAAGAAGGCGAAGACAGUGUUACUUCACUCCAUAACUACAAAGAAAUCUUAAUAAAAGCAUCCAACUCUCUGACAACUUCUUCAUAUCAGAGUUCCAAAUUGAAAUCCAAGGAAAUCCGACAGCUGAAUGGUCGAAGAGAUGUUUCCCCUGGACAACAUGUCGACACCUGCAUAGCGGCAACUGUCGACGACACAGCCUUAUGUUACCAGCUGCCUGGCAAACACUAUGAUCUCGAAGAUACCUUGCCUGACAACGAUGACAUUGGUAAUAUCGGCGUUGCAGGCGGCAGCAAAAUCACAGAUCGGAAUCCUACGGAUGUUGCUUAUGGACAGCAUUUGUCUAGCGGACACUUGCUCCAAAGUGACGGUCCUGGCGACGCUGUGGUGGAAUCUGAUACGGCUGCGAUACUUGCAAUGCUGCACAGUGGCGCUGGCGUCAAUCAGAAAUGCACAAAUAGAGGGGAUGAAGCCAAAGGUUUGGAGCCGACAUUAUUAGUUUCGUCUUGUGUGGAGGAAGCUGCAGAAUCCUUUCUAGAUAAGAACCAUGAGGAGGAGGAGGAGGAGGAGGAGAAAGAGAUGGUUUCCAGUAGCAGCCACAGUUGCCAUGGAGUUGUUGGUGAAGAGUCUCAUAGUGAAAAUAAAACCAAAGAUGAGGAUGAGAAGGUGGAGGGGCAGGGAUGCGAGUUGGGUCGACAGGAGGCCUCGUAUGUGUCGGCGUCAAAAUUAGACAGCCUUAGCACCGCUGCUGAUGCUGCAGCGGGGGCUGGGGACAUAUGGGUCACCUUCGAUGAAGUCCACAGUGGAGGCAAACAACAGGACUCUGAACUGAGUGGAACGCAGGGCCUGUCAGGCAGCUCAGGGUAUGAUAGAAAUACAAGCGAUCAUAAUGAUGAUGAUGGUGAUUAUGAUGGUGAUGACGAUGACCUUCUGGGGUCAGACGUACAGGUCAAUGCUGUGGAUAACUUUCAACGGGUUACCAGCAACUCUGCUGAGUUCAUGGGUGACUCUUCCAUUGUGCAGAUUGGCGACAUCAUCGUUGACUCUCCAGCGCAGCUCACCGAGGUUGGCGAGAACUUGUGUCAGCACGGAGACAAGAUGAACGUGGAUUCGUACUCUCAGGUGAAGUCCAUGGACGCCAUAUCUGUGGUGUUCGCAUCGAAUUCCCUAAAUGACAGCAAACUGAAAAAGGAGCUCGAGAGCCUUCGAGGAUCCACAGAGCCGACGCAAACAAGCACCCCAAAGCGAGAGACGACGGACAAUUUGCUUCUAAGCGCUAAAGAACUGUUUCACGAAACAAAAUCUAUCACUCCCCCGGAGACAGAGUCCGAAAAAGACAUCUUAACGGAGAGCAUGGAGAGCGAUCCGGUCGCUGGAGACGAUGACAGUCGGGACAUAUCAAUGUCCGAAGGUGCCCAAUCGGAUGGCAGUGGCGAGGUCUACCUGUCAAGUUUAUCGCAGACACCGACCUUACGUCGACAAAGGACAGACGACACAGCAGCCGAGAAUUCUGUGACUAAAUCUUCAAGCAGUACUUCAUAUGCGUCUCCUCUGGUAAAUUCCAUGCCAUUUGAAGCUGAAACAGUCCAGUGCCAAUCUGAAGAAUCCGGGGCUGGGGGUGAUUUGAAAGGACCUGGAAGCAAUGGUACGAAUCACUUAAAAUCUGUGGAUUCAUCCAAGAAUGAAUGUCCGACCUCAGAAAGCCUUCUUCUGACAAGCGCAACAGAAACUGCCAGCAAAAAUCCUCAGGAGGGUGGUACAUCGGUCGAGCUUUGUGGCAGACACAUUGGUGCUGUUGACAGCUUGUCGUUUGGCAGUUCCGAUCAGAAUAUGGACGAAGUCACACACGAGCAGCAGCAGCAGCUUCAGAGCGGCAAUGACAAUGACGGCAAGAGUGGCCACGGCGACAUUGACAGCAAGGGUGGCCAUGACGAAACGUUGAGCAACACCAACGGUGCCGCUGUGGUGAGCAACAUUAGCAGUGUCGGUGAGGAAGCCCCCCCCGAUGCAGCCCAUUCUGGGACUACAUUACCAGAAGAAGAAGAAGAAGAAGAAGAAGAAGGGGUGAUGGUACAAAGCAACCUUGUAGAUAAUACUGCGAACUGUGAUGUAACUGACCACUGUGUACCUCAAGAUGGCAGCAAAACCAACCUAACUGGUUCCAGUAGCAAAUUGGAGUACAGCGCUGCUACUUUUGUGCCUCCUGAUUCGAAUUUCCAGUCGAAUCCUUCGCCAAGCUGUGAUUUUACUAAUGUUCCACAAUGUGAAGACUCUGUACAAAACGCCUCAUCUAAUAAAAUCUAUGAGUUUUAUUUCCCCUCGGACUUAUGUGGGCGACUGAUCGGCCGGCAGGGAAAGACCAUUUCACAGAUAAAGGAACGGUCAGGUGCAUACGUCACCUUACAACCAAGUCCUUACACGCCCAACCAUCAGAUUUGUUCUAUAGACGGUUCGGAAGAACAAAUCCAAGAAGCAUUAAAAUGUAUAACAGAGAAAUUUCCUCCUUCUGUCUAUGGCAAUGUUGAUCUCACCCCAAUCCGAGACACGUCACAGCUGGCCAGUAACCCUGUCGUUAUGCCGGACCUCAUACAACUGAAUCUCCCACAGGAAGGGGUCUCAGUAAACAUUUUGGUAGCCAGUAUCAUCGACGCUGGUCACCUCUUUCUUCAACUGCCAACACAUCCAACCUAUGUUGCGCUCAACCGACUCAACAAGUUUAUGAAUCGCUGCUAUUCCCAGCCAGGUAUGGUGCCACAUUUGCCUCGACCUUUGGCAGUUGGUGUUAUCUGUGCAGCCCCUAUGAUGGACAGUUGGUACCGAGCUGUUAUUGUGGCUGUCUCUGAAGAUUCUGAUGAAUGUGAGAUAAAGUUUGUCGACUAUGGCGAUUACAGUCAAGUGUCGGGGAAUGAUCUACGACAAAUCAGGAGUGAUUUCAUGACUUUACCGUUCCAAGCUGUAGAAGUAUACCUUGCCAACAUAACACCAUUACCAGAUGAGCCCUAUUUCAGUGACACCGCUGUGGAAACCCUGCAACAACUCACGGAGUCUGGAAUAUUGCAGGCCCAGGUUGUGAGUCGAGCAGAAGAUGGAACUCCUUAUGUACAUAUUUACCAAAUCAAUGGCAACAAGAUAUUCCUAGGAAUUGAUUGA